AUCCUCUAUCCUCAACGCCACCAUUAAAACCACUGUUCUUAAAUUGCAGCGCUUCAGUGCAUCAGAACGCGCUCUCUAUUCUUAAGCCCCGAAUAUCAACAUGCUUUUGAAAUACAGCUGACCAAUUUUCGAUAUUAUCAUUAUUAUUAUUGUUGUUGCUGUUGCUGUUGCUGCUGCUGCUGCAUGCUCUCUGAUUUCCAUGGCUUCACUUGUGGAAAUUGGGAGAUACAAUUUGAUACCACUUUCAGUGACCUGUCUAUGUGCACGCCCCUGCCGUUCUCUACCGAAGAAAACCCUAAUUCUCUCUCGACGAUGUUCGCAAUUAAACAUUAGGCUGGUCUUGAAUGGAUCCAAAUCUGCGUUUCCUGUCAAGGCAAACAGCAUUUCAGCUAUGAGGCACUUGGUAUCGGCCGUUGCCAGUUCUGAGCCAGAUAGACUUGACCACGAAGACGUUAAAGAGGAAGUCAACGAAGGCCAUAAAUUCCCAGGAAAAGAGGAAUCUGUUUCGGAGCCUCAACAGAGAGGGAGUAAACUGAGGAAAAGAAUCAUCUUUGGGCUUGGCAUUGGAAUUUCCGUUGGAGGUGUCGUCUUGGCUGGAGGAUGGGUUUUCACUGUAUUCUUCGCAGCUGUUGUAUUUGUUGGUGCACGUGAGUACUUUGAAUUGGUUAGAAGCCGUGGAAUUGCAUCAGGGAUGACACCUCCUCCUCGUUAUGCAUCACGAGUUUGCUCUGUUAUAUGUGCUGUGAUGCCUCUAAUUACCUUGUAUUUUGGUCAGAUUGACAUUCCGGUGACAUUUGCUGCUUUCAUUGUUGCAAUGUCACUGCUUCUGCAAAGAGGCAAUCCUCGCUUUGCUCAGCUCAGCAGUACUAUGUUUGGUUUGUUUUACUGCGGCUAUCUUCCAUGUUUCUGGGUAAAGCUUCGAUGUGGGUUGGCCGCCCCAGCCUUGAACACUAGAAUAGGAGCAUCAUGGCCUGUUCUUUUGGGGGGGCAAGCUCAUUGGACUGUGGGCCUUGUGGCAACCCUGAUUUCCUUUAGCAGCAUCAUAGCUGCUGAUACCUAUGCUUUUAUAGGUGGCAAGGCAUUUGGCAGGACACCAUUAACUAGUAUUAGUCCAAAGAAGACAUGGGAAGGGACUAUUGCAGGCUUGGGUGGCUGUAUAGCAACAACUGUGAUACUAUCGAAGAUUUUUUCCUGGCCAACAUCAUUGCUAAGUGCAUUUGCUUUUGGGUUUCUGAAUUUCUUUGGGUCUAUAUUUGGUGAUCUUACGGAAUCAAUGAUCAAACGAGAUGCGGGUGUCAAGGACUCUGGCUCUCUCAUACCUGGACACGGUGGAAUACUGGACCGAGUGGACAGCUACAUUUUCACGGGUGCACUUGCGUACUCAUUUGUCAAAACCUUCCUACCACUUUAUGGAGUUUGACAUGAAAACCAUUCACCAACAGCAAGAAAAAAAAAAAACAUGAAAGACUGAACUUUCUGAGUUCCAUUGUAGAUAGCUAGAACCACCAACAAGCACAUACUUGAUUGAAGUUGGAGCAUCCAUGGAGCAAACUGAAAAGUUUUCUUGUCCUUAAAAAACAAAUACAGGGGCGGUGAGGUUUACAUUUGCAACUCUACCGGGUUUCCUCAUCAUCAAGUGGAAACCGGUUCAAGAGAAUACCUUGUUUCUUAUCCUUUGCGGCAAUCCAGAUGUGGUGGGCCUCUGAGAUGACAUGGAUUGAUGGUGAUAUCUACUGUAGAUGUAGAAACUUAGUUGGCAGUGAACAUUUUGCUGUUUAUUGGCUGCAAUAAUGAGCGCAAAGUGAAUUCUAUUCCGAGGAAACAUUACCUUCUCAUUUGUAAGCCCUGAUUGCAUUGCUGUUAUGAUUGACUAUAGAAAUCCAGUUGGUUAUUCAAUUUUUUUUUUCCAGAAAGUUUCAUAAGAGAGGGAUAUAGUAAUAAUACACACUCGAAUGCUGUAUGCAUAUGGACACCAUGACCAUCUUUCCAUAUUCUUGCAAUUUCACGUGCACUUGUUUCUUUAA